AUGGCACCGAAGAAACCCCAAGUUGCCGAGGAGCCUCCUGAGGAGGAAGCAGCGGAGCCCGAGCCCGUGGAGGGGGAUGAAACUGAACUGGAGACUGGCCUCAAGCUGCCGCUCAGACCAAAUGACGUAGGUCGAAUUUGGGCGCUGCAAGACCAUGCUGCCCAGUCCAAGCUUCUGGCCGAGUUGUUAGGCCUGGAAGGCGUGCAUCCGACUUUAGCUCGGAGGGAGAUUGUGUGCGACUUCCACCUCUUCAAUCUCAGCCAUGCGAAGAUGCUGUGCUUAAACCAGAGGCAAGCUGCUGUGUUUCAUGCGAUCAUGUCCACCGUCCUGGACAUGAUGGCCGGUUUGCAGGAGGGAGCUUCAGAGGGCUCAGCCGCGGCGGAGUGCUUCAAGAAGUUCCAGGAACUCUUGAUAGUUCAUUCGGUCAACGAUCCGCCAAGCCGUCUAGCAGUUUUUGCUGGCGGCGAGGCCCGAAGACUCACCGAUUAUGCAGCCACGACGCUCUUCAAGCACUUCUUGCUGUACCAGUUCUGUGUCCGCUGCGAAAGAGACAUGGAGACAUUGCGCUUUAGCGUGGAAGUGGAGAGGCCACUUGCGCCUCCAGCCUCGGGAACCGCCCGACAAAAAGCGAGCAGAAGGCCGCCGCAAGCUGCUGAGAAUGAGGGACCUGCUGCCAGCGUGGAGGCGCACGCAUCACGUGCGCCACAGGAGAAACCGUCCGGCGCUGGCGAGGACAUGUCCGAAGAGGAGAUUCAGCGAUUGGUGGAGGAGAAGCUUCGGGAGACUGAGGUACGGCUCGAGGCCAAGCUGGCUGCCAGAGAGCAGCAGUUUAUGGAACGCUUGGCGGGUAAAUAA